AUGCGAUGUAAUUUAAUAUUUUUAUUGGUUUGGAUUUAUCAAGUUAUUGGUAAGUUUGAGUUUCUUCCUAGACGUUCCCCGAAAAAAUUCUGUUUAUUUCAGGUGAAACUAAAGUUGCUGAUUUCGAUGGCAGAGUUUGUGCAUUUGCCGAUUUUGAUUCGGAUAGGUUAGUAACUCUAAUUUAGAAACAUCUCAAUUUAUGAAAACUUUUCAGAAAUACUGAUAUUCUUAUGGUUCGGAAUGGAAAUUUGACGAUAUCACUGCAGGAAACGAAACUAUGGGAAGUUGUGAGUUGUUUUGAAACAUAUUUUGUUCUAUUUUUCAAAAUGUUAUUACAGUUAGAACCUCUGAAAUUCGUAAACUCGACAUCGUGGAAAAUUGGAGAUCCGAAAGAGGAUAAUCUUGUUGAAUGUGCAACUGGUGAUUUUGAUGGCGAUUCUCGAAUUGAUGUUUUAGUAUCAAUUCGACGGGGAAAUAAUCAAUAUAAACAUACACUUUAUAUUUCUCGAAUUUCAAAUGGAAUUGAAGAAUUUGAUGCAUUAGAAAUUGAUGAAAUAUUAGCUGAACCUGCGAUGUCAAUUGAUAUCAAUUCAGAUGGUUUUAGUGAUAUUGUUGGAUUUUUACCAAAUGGUUCAUUGUAUUGUUCGAGUGUUGAUGUUACUGGAAUGAUUUUGACUGAUUGUUCGAAAAGUUUCAAUUCUUUUCCGAUUAAAUUAACAAAUUAUGAAGGAAUGCCACAUUUAUUUGUUGAUAUUAAUGGUAAGGUUUUUACUUGUGUAAACCUUGUGUAAAAACAUAUAUAAAAUAGGUCCCCCGAGUCAGUUUUUAAAGUUAGGGUCCCUCCUUGAAAAUUUUCCAAAGUUAAACACCUUCCUCACAUUUUUGGGCGAAUUUUGGACAAAUCUGGGAAUUUUGGUAAAUUAUCAGCUGAAAAUUGGCUGAAAAUUGGACCCUUCCCUUCAGAUUUUUGAAAAAAGUUAAACCCCUCACCCCGAUUCUGGGGACCCAUUUUAUGUAUGUGUAAAAAUCAGAAAAUGUUUAUUUUUAGGCGAUCUUCGUGCGGAUAUUGUAUUUAUGACAAAAGAUUCUGAUGGUUCACUUGUUAUGCGAGUUUUUCAACAACAAAAAAUCGGUUGGGUUGAGAAAACUUGGAUUCCCAAACUGUCAAUUGCUCAAUAUGCGUUUGUUGGUGCGCCAAUUCCAAUGGAUUACGAUGGAGAUGGAAUGAUCGAUUUAUUAGUUCCAAUUUGCCGUGAAUUGGCAUGUACACAUGUCACUUCGUUGGCUUCGUAUUCAUUUACCAAAGGAUGGUCAAAUGUUGCAAUUGAUAUGCAAGAACUUGAAAUUAUCCGCGCGGAUCCGUAUUCUCGUGUUCUUUUCCGUGUUGGCGACUAUUUUGCUAAUGGUUUUCCUGAUCUUCUCACAGUUGUCUAUUCGAGUAAUAUCGAAAAUAAAACGAGAACGAAAUCAGUGAAAUUGAUUCAAAAUACGGAAUGUAAAAAUUGUGAGAAAAAUGGGACGAGAAAGUUUGAAUUUUCGAAUCUUGAAUUGGUUCAAACUGGAGGUAUGGCAAUUGGAUCAAUUGAUAUGGCUGUGUUUUUUGAUUUAUUGGAAGAUGGAAAAUUGGAUCUUUUGGUUGAAUAUAAAAAUGUGAAGCAUAAUGGAAGUAGCAUUGGAUUUAUGGUCAAUAAAAAUGAAUUCGAUACAACUUUUUUGAAAGUUCAGAUUUUCAAUGGAGUUUGUAAUGUGAAUUGUGAUGAUCGAACAAAAGAUUUGGGGCCAGGAUCAACUGUAACACUUUCUGGAUCAUGUGGUUCAUUUUCAAUGAGUGAUGGUUGGGGUGGAAGUUCGCAAAGUAUUCAAUGUCAAACGCCAUCAACUUCAUAUCGAACAUUGAAUUUACCAUAUCUAUUUUUUGGACUUGGAAGAUCGCCAAAUUUUGUUGAUGAAUUGAAUAUGGGAAUACCGAAAUAUAAAGAUAUGAAGUCACAAUGGUUCAAUUCACUCAAACAAAUUGUGCCGAAUUCACGGAUUAUGGUGCAACCAACUGAAUCUGGACAUUGGCUAAGUCGAUUAUAUGUGACACCGUCUCAACUUAUUCUGCAGGUGAGAAAUUUAAUUGAAACAUUUUUGGGGAAAAAUUAAUGUUCAAAAAAAUCAAUAUUUUUCUGCAUCAAAUUGUAUUCAAAAUUUUGGCUCAAUGUUUUUUAAAUUUUGGUUCAUUUUUCGAAAGAAGAAUUUCCCAAGCAAAACCGGUGGCCUAACUUUCCAAAAGCUAGGUCACGACUUUCUAGGCCACCCCAAGAAUUCCCCCCUAAAAUAUUUAUUUUGCAGAGUAUCCUUGUAAUCACAUCAGUUUGCGGAAUUCUUCUAAUGGUCGCAUUAUUUUUGCAUUAUAGAGAAAAGAAAGAAGAUCGAUAUGAACGACAACAACAAUCACAUCAAUUCCAUUUUGAUGCCAUGUAA